AUGGCAGAACCAGGAGUCAAUGGAGAUGUUCCAGUCGUUAAUGUCUUCAGCAUGAAUUGCUGGGGACUCAAGUACAUUGCUUUACACCGCGUCGCCCGUCUCAACGAGAUAUCGCUUCGAAUAGCUCGUGCGUCGCCAUCCCACGAUAUCGUCGCGUUGCAAGAAUUCUGGGUCUACGCCGAUUACCUUAAUCUGCGCCAGAAGACCAAGCACAUCCUCCCCUACGGAAAGUUCUACUUCUCUGGUUCAAUCGGGGGCGGUCUGGUCAUCUUAUCCAAAUGGCCGAUCGAGCAGAGCAGCAUGUUCCGGUACCCCCUCAAUGGGCGACCUACUGCGUUUUUCCGAGGUGAUUUCUACGUGGGGAAGGGUGUGGCCUGCGCUGCGAUUCGGCAUCCGAGUGGGCGGACUAUUGAGGUCUUCAACACACACUUGCACGCUCCAUACGAGGAGAAGGACACAUACCUCUGCCACCGCACCGCGCAAGCCUGGGAAAUCGCCAAGCUCCUACGGGGUGCAGUUCAGAAGGGCAAUGUAGCCAUCGGAGUAGGCGACUUCAACAUGAUCCCGUCGUCACUCGCACACCGCCUCAUCGCCACCCAUGGAAUGGUAUCUGACAGUUGGCUUUCGGCGUACCCCACAACGCCUGACAUUCACCCCCCGGGUGCGAAUGCUAAGUUCAAUAUCGAGAUCAUGGGAGCGACAUGUGACAGUGUUCUCAACACCUGGAGGAUGCCGGGGCUAAAGUUGCCCCCAUCAGACACUGUUGACCCGCGCGGUAAACGUUUGGACUACGUCUUCCAUUCACCGGCCAAUUCUUCUAUACGCAGCGUAAAGGUCGGCAUGAUUGAACCUAUGGAUAUGCCAUCACAAACUGGGGGCAAGGGUGGAGCCGGGAGAAACUGCAGUCUCUCGGACCACUUCUCAGUAGAAGUGCAGCUAGCUCUCGCGCCGAAUUACGAGCAGCAACGCGAACUGGCCAUGGCAAGGAACCCGAAUCCUACCUCUAACGAAUCACUCAUAGACAUCGCCGGCUCUGCACGAGCACAUGAGGCCGAGAUGCCGCAUCAAGCUGGUGAGGUAUCUGGCGAGAAAUACUUGCCGAUGGACAUCAUCGACAAAAUAUUCGCUGUGCAGAGAGAGUACACGGCUCGCGAGGUGAAGGAGAAGUUUUGGCGCAUUGCCCAUUUCUGGGCUUCGAUACCCGUGUUGAUCCUUUUGCAUGUGGCUAUAUGGUGGAGUCCGCAUAAUGGCGUGUCGUUCUUGAUCAUGCUCCUCGGAUGGGUGGUUGCGGUCACCGGUGUUAUGGAUGGUUUGAUCGGCUUUAUCUUCACUGGCAGUGAGCUGCGAGCACUCACGGAGUUUGCAGAAGAAAUGAGCAUGUACCGGCACCUUGCAGAGAUGUCUAGCGACAAGAACGACGUAGAAGCUGGUAAAGAUUGA